UCUGAUCGGUUAGGCCGAGUGCACUGGCUGGCAAGCGUUCGAGGGUUUGCUGAAGGCCGAAGGCCCGUCCCUGGCGUCGCUUUACCGUGGCAUGCUGCUGGACCACCUGCAAGUUCCCGACGCCCUCACCGUCGCCGUGUCGGCAGCACUGGGCAAGCGGUUGUUCACCCACCUGGUUCCGAACGUGGCGGCGGCCACCGAGAUCCUGCGACGCUUCAAUGCCCGCAAACUCCCCAGCAGCAUCGGUUUCCAGGCGCUGGACAGAGCGCGCCGUGACCACGCUGCCGUCAAGCCAAGCGAGCGGACGGUGGAGCGCCUUCUCGACCGUGUCGGCUGUAACUCGGAGGAGCUGAGGCCGGUUCUGGGCCACUGGCUCGGAAAGUGGCUGCUCUGCUCCAGCCUGGAGCUGGCAGUGGAGGUCAGCAGGAAGUACAAGCUCAACUGCGUCACCCUCGAAGGGGACACGGUGCUUGCGAGCGGGGUCCUGAGCGGUGGCCACCGCGACCCGGUGAAGAACGCCUUUGUCCUCUACUCUCAGUUCAGCAGCGCCAAGGAACGGCUCAGCUCCGCGCUGAAAGCCAGGGAGCAGAUGGCGCUUGCGGUGCACCAUGGUAUCAAGUCCAGCGAAGAGGUUCUUGCCAAGAUUCAGAAUCUUCAACAGAAGGUCUUGCGUGAUGGAGAUGGCAUCUCGAAGCUCACAUCUGACUGCAAGUCACUUCUGGCGCAAAUUUCACACUUCAGCAGCACCCUUGAGACACUAGAGAAAGCCCUCGCGGAGCAGAACGGCUCGAUGCAACACUACCGCCGAGAACGGGACGAGCUGGCGCAGGAGCUGUCGACCGCUUUGGCCAAGCCGCUGACGCGGCGAGGUCAGGAGGAACUGCAGGCGACUUCGCUUGAGGAGCAGGAGCUGCGGAAGCUCCUCAGGAAAGCCUCUGCUCGGAAGCUCGAGCUUCAACAGGAAUUAUCCAGUCUCGAAAGCACACUCCAAUGCCAGGUGAUUCUCGGACAAGACAAUGUGACCAAGGAGAAACAACUCCUCGAGGAAAAGCUGCUGGCCCUACGAAACCGGCUCGACCUCUCAGAGUCCCGACUUACCGUGCUCAAGGAAUCCAAGCGUACGACGAUGAACGACAUCGAAGAAAUCCAAAAAGACGUGACAGACGACGACGACCAACGGGAACUGGAGCGGAGCAUCGAGCGCCUGUCGACGGACCAGGCCUACCUCCAGGCAGACAUGGAAGCGGGGAGCCAGGAGGUCCAACAACUCGACGCACAACGGCAGGCCGUGCUCGCAGCGCUGGAUGCGUCCAAAAAGAAAGUGUCCAUGUUUGGCAGCGUGUCAGCCAAACUAGAGGAAUACCGAGGCAUGGAACGUCAAGCGUUGCACAGACUACUCUCAGUAGUACAGGAGGAGCUGAAGGCCAUGGAACCACCCAACCUCGCUGCCAUUGGGCUCUUCGAGGAGAUGCUCAACAGGCGCAAAACCCUCCAAGCGCAGGUCAAGGACACUGACCAGGGCCGGCAAAGACUGGACGACCUGACCAGUUCGGAGCAAAGCAAGUACGGCGAGAGCAUCGAGGUGACGCUGAAGCAGGUGUCCCUCUACUUCUCCGACAUCUUCCGCAAGUUCGUGCCCCGCGGAAGCGCCGUCAUGAUCUUCACGAAGGACGACGAGCCCGGCGACAGCCCCCCCACGCCGGGCGGCUCUGGAGAAGGCUCUGGAGAAGGAGCUCCGAUGGCCUACCGUGCCGUCCACCUGAACGCGAGGUUCUGCAGCCGCGGUCCCCUGCAGGACCUGCGUAGCCUCUCGGGGGGCCAGAAGUCGGUGGUGGCCCUCUCCUUCAUCUUGGCCCUGCAGAAGGCGGACCCGGCACCCUUCUACCUCUUCGACGAAGUCGACAGCCAUCUAGACCGGGAGCAGAGGGAGGCACUCGCACAGGUGCUGGAGGAGUUGAGCGACAGCAGCCAGUUCAUCUGCUCUACCUUCAGUCCCGAGCUGGCACAGAAGGGAACCGUGUUUUACGUCACUCACAAGCAGGGGGCCAGCCACGUGGAGUCCGUCUCUCAAGAAAGGGCGCUGAAUUUACUGCAGGGCAUCAUCACUCGCAGGCCUGAGGACUGAACUCUCAGCCGGGGUGCAACGUUUCUUGUCAUCUUUUCUAGUCAUGCAAAUUGCACCAAAGUUGUUUGUUUUUUUUAUUAACGUACAAAAUUGUUUUUUGUGCCGUUGUGACCAGUGUAACUGAGGAAUCUCUGCCACUUUUGUUUUACAUGACCGAAGUCCUGUGGACGAAAUGUGCAUCUGUUUAAUCUUGGGUUUGUUCCACCCCACAUAUUCUAGUUUGUUUAUUUUAAUUUUAAAUGUGGCAGCGGCACAAACUUGCCGGAUGCUUUUAGUUUGCUUUUAUCACAAGGCACUGCGUCUCUUUAAUUUUGUUGACUGUUGUUUGAAAGUUCACAACUUUUUUUGCUCUAGGCAAAAGUUGACAAAGCUCAAUUUUUAUGCAGCUGAUUUUUAUUUGAAGAUAAUAUAUUAUGAAGAUUACCCCAUACUGGAAGACAAUGCAUUUUUACAUUUUCGACUAAGGUUUCUACAAAGCGACGAUGGUAAAUAUCACCGGAUGUUUUUUUGUUUUUAUAAGUUAUAUUGUUCAUGACACAAAAUGUUUUUACCUUCGACUAGUCAACAUUUUGACUGUUCUUAUUUUGGAGCGGAAAUUCUGAAGGUUGUCUUUCGACGGAGUCUUUACUUUCUCAAAGCUCUAUGCCUUUUUUAAAACUCAUAAAAGCAAAUAUCGAUAAGUUUUUAAGCCAGCCUUUUCUAAUAAAACAUGCAAAUGUUGA